AUGCCUCGAGCAGAGCCCCAGGGUAAGCCCCAGGGCGAGUCUCACAUGGAUCUCACUAUCGCCAACAAGGGUCCCUCGAAUGAACUAGCAAGAAUGCCCAUGGAGAUAAUUCUCGAAAUUGCAAAGCACAUGAGUCAAGCCACCAAGGCUUGUCUGGCCCAGACUUGUCGCGACUUCUCAGUCAUCAUGGACGUAGCUCUAUACGAUCAGGAUAGCAAAGAAGACCGCCAUGCCUUAUGGUGGGCUUGCGUGAAUAGCGAGUAUAGACUUCUACAACGGAUCAUCAAAUAUGACCCCACGCUGGUCAACUAUCAUUUCCAAAGGGUCCAUACUAUGAAGGUCAUACCUUCUACCCCGGAACACCUCCACGAUCUGUGCUCCAGAUUCAAUGGCUCUGAAUUCAGCAUUCGUCUGACCCCUCUUACGGUAGCCAUUCGAUUUGGAAGUUUCCACGCUUUCACCACUCUACUCAAAUUAGGUGCAGACGUGAAUGACCCUGCACCUUCAAACGGUAUGGGUGCCGGCAAGCUCUGGUUUCCUAUCCAUUGGUUGUUUCGCAUAACUACGGGCAAUAAAGACUUUGAAGAAUGCUUCAGUCUUCUAAUCAAUCACGGUGCCAAUGUUAAUCAAGCCCCUCUACUAUAUCAAGCUCCUCUACUACCGGGAAUAACUGGAAAGCGUGGAGAUGGUAUUCCUCUAUUAGGGGUGAUUGACUUUAAGCCCCGUUUCGAGAGAGGCGUCUGGGAGCCUCAUCCGACCGCUCGGUAUGAAGAUCAGCUCAAGGAUCGUUUCGGUAAAGCUAUGGUACUCCUUCGAUCUGGAGCGAAACCUAACCUUCGAGAUCCAGAAUCCUCUUAUACUCCGAUCUUUAAGGCGGCACGAUGUUUAGAUUCCUACAACCCAAAGGCUCCGUUCAAUGGUGAAAUUGCGCUUCGUCACGAUGUUAAGCGCGUCUAUGAAGAAGUUGUACUGGUCCAUGCUUUGAAGCUUUUCAAAGCCUUGAUCGAUUAUGGCGGAAACCCGAAUACCUCCUGCGAUGGAACCACCGCCCUGCAUGUCCUAUGCAAACACAGCCAAGAGCACAGGGACCUGAUCCUUUAUCUCUUACGAGAAGGAGCGAAUAUCAAUGGUUCUGAUGAAAAUGGCCGCACUCCUAUUUACGAGUACGUGAUGUACCCUAAUAAUCACAAACUGCUUAGAGAGUUUAUCAAGCAGGGCGCGAAUGUCCACCAUCGCGACUUCCAGGGCCGUACUCCGCUACACGUAGCCUGUGCCGAUUAUAAAUUUUCUCAUGCAAAAUUAUUCGAUACUAUUGUGGCACUACUUGAGAACGGAACCGACCCUACUCUAGUUGACAAAGAAGGCAAUACUCCGCUUGACCUUCUUGACAAGCGAUGGAGACCGACAUGGACCGAUACCAGAACGAUUCUCCUACAAGCCACGUUGAAGGCAUCCGGAGCUGAUCUGGGGGAUUUCGAAGAUGACGACGAUUGGGUCUCAUACAAUGACUUGAAAUGA